AUGUUUCAGGUGACCACAUCCGCUUCUGUUGCUUCUGCCCGCAGCCUUUCGUCCAAGGGCACCGUGCUUUUGAGAAACGAAGGCCUGUUGCCUUUAGCUCGCGGCAAAAACGUUGCAGUGAUCGGCCUGGCAGACUCGAUUCAUGGUAUUCGUGAUGCCGUGGGAGAUUCUGGAAGUGUUGUCUUCAACUGUGGCAUGGAUGUCGAGGCAGCAGUAGAGCUUGCAAAGCAGAGCGACUAUGCUGUCGUCUUUGUGGGCACGCUUUCAGGUGAAGGUUCUGACCGAAGCUCUCUGUCUCUCGAUGUUGGCACAGAGUGGGCGGGUCAGAACCAGGCAUUCUGGUGCAUGAGUGGUGCGUGA